AUGGUUAUGAACAAUGAGCGUGCCAAGAAACCGAGGCCAACCGGCUUCCCUUAUGAAGUUGUGAUGAGGCUAAAGGAAGGAAACGCGGAUGGAAUUUCAUGGCACCAGAGGCUGGGCCUCAAGCACCAAAGGCCAGCCCUCAUGGACUCCAAGUACGGUAUCCCCAUCCUGCAAAUGAUUCCCUGA